CAAGAGGUUUCACUUGCACUUUUUUAUUCAUCUUGUGUUGUUGCUGUUAAAUUUAUUGAAGUUCUUUUUCAACUUUUUAUAAUUAAAAAAUAUAUUGCUUUUAAUAAAUUAAUUAAAACUAAUUUUUUAUUAAUUUGUAAAAAUAAUUAAAAAUAUGACUGAAGAAUUUAAACUGCCACAUCGGUCAAGAAAACGCGUACGGGAAGUAAAGAGAAAAGCCAGGCCAGAAUUGAAUGAUAAGGAUGCUUGGAUUGCACAGAGAUUUUCGGAUCGCUUUGACGAAUUUAAAAAGUUCACUGAUAAUGUAGAGCGCAUAAAUGCCAAAGAUUUUGAUUGCGAAAAAUUUAUAGAAAAAUAUGAAAAAAUUUAUAAACCAGUUGUAAUAGAUGGAUUGCAAGAAGGAUGGAAAGCUCAUGAAAAGUGGACAUUACCACGCCUUAUGAAAAAAUACAGAAAUCAAAAAUUUAAAUGCGGAGAAGACAAUGAAGGUUAUAGUGUUAAAAUGAAAAUGAAAUAUUAUAUAGAGUAUAUGACUUCAACAAAAGAUGACAGCCCUUUGUAUAUUUUUGAUAGUAGCUUUGGUGAACAUCACCGACGAAAAAAGUUAUUGGAAGAUUAUACAAUACCAAAAUAUUUUCGUGAUGAUUUAUUUAAACAUGCUGGUGAAGAAAGACGUCCACCCUAUAGAUGGUUUGUUAUGGGACCAGAAAGGUCCGGUACUGGUAUACAUAUUGAUCCUUUGGGGACAAGUGCUUGGAAUGCUUUAGUUUUUGGUCACAAACGAUGGUGUCUAUUUCCAACAAAUACACCAAAAGAAAUGUUAAAAGUUACGGGGGCGAUGGGUGGAAAUCAGCGUGAUGAAGCGAUAACAUGGUUCAAUGUUAUUUAUCCUAAAACAAAAAUGAUAGAUUGGCCAGAACAAUAUAAACCAUUAGAAAUCUUACAAAGGCCUGGAGAAACAGUUUUCGUUCCUGGUGGAUGGUGGCAUGUUGUAUUAAAUUUGGAUAAUACUGUUGCAAUUACUCAAAAUUUUUGCAGCAGAACCAAUUUCCCAAUAGUUUGGCAUAAAACAGUACGGGGGAGACCAAAGUUGUCAAGAAAAUGGUUCAAAGUCUUGCAGGAAAAAGAACCAGAACUUGCAAAAAUUGCUGAAAGUAUUAAUAUUGAACAAAGCACAGGUGUUGCAUCGGAUUCUAGCAGUAAUUCGUCAUCUUCUUCUUCAUCAUCUUCAAGUUCUGAAAGUGAACCAGAUAACGAUGAUUCCGAUUCUGAUAGUGGCCAAGAAUCUUUAACUGCAAAAAAAAAGAAAAAACGUCGUAUGGGUGAUGGUUCCAUGAUGAGCAGUUCGUGAUCUAUGGAUAAAUUUUUACAAAAUAUCUUAACGAGAUUGUUUAUCUGUUGUAAUGGUAAUAGUUUAGAAAAAUUUAAAACAGUACGAAAAGCUUCGUUCCUUCAACAACAGCCUUUCAAAACAGAUUGCAAAUCUCAAUCAAAUUAGUAAAAAAUUAAUACCCUUCUCACAAUACGAAAUCUGCGGGCCAAAAAUUCACCGAAACAGUGUUUUUGUCGUAUUUAUCCUUAUAUAUUCUUCAGUUGAAAAAAAAAGAAAAAUAAUGAAAAUGCCACCAUUAGCCUAAGGAAUCAUAAAUAAGUAUUAAAACAAAUAUGUAAAAAGGACUAUGAAUAUUUUUUUUCAUGUUUAAAUAAGAUUUAUUAAAAUUAAAAUUAUCGUAAUAUGCUUCCAACUUACAAUUGAAAA